CCGAGCGGGAGCGGAGCGCGCUGGGCGUAGCUGUCCGGCUGCCGUUGCCGCCGCCGAGCACCAAGUGCGCUCGCGGUCAUGGUUCCCGCGGCGGCGCCGGGCGCCUGAGCCCCGGGACACGCGAGCGCUGGAGGCAGGCGGCCGGCUGUGCAGGCGCUCCGGAGAGGCCGACAGAAGGUGAGCGCGGUGGGCUAUGGGAUGGAUGAAGUGGAGCAGGACCAGCAUGAGGCCCGACUCAAGGAGCUGUUUGACAGUUUUGACACGACGGGCACCGGGUCCUUGGGACAGGAGGAACUCACCGACCUUUGCCACAUGUUGAGCUUGGAGGAAGUGGCCCCAGCACUGCAACAGACACUGCUUCAGGACAAUCUCUUGGGCAGGGUGCAUUUUGAUCAAUUUAAAGAAGCGUUAAUACUUAUCUUGUCGCGAACUCUGUCAAAUGAAGAGCACUUUCAAGAACCAGACUGCUCACCAGAAGCUCAACCCAAAUAUGUUAGAGGUGGGAAGCGUUAUGGACGACGGUCCCUACCUGAGUUUCAAGAAUCUGUGGAGGAGUUUGCAGAGGUGACAGUGAUUGAGCCACUAAACGAAGAAGCCCAGCCUUCACACGUCACAGCCAGCGACUGCAAUGAGCACUGGAAGACACAACAUAGUGAAGAAUAUGAAGCAGAAGGCCAGUUAAGGUUUUGGAACCCAGAUGACUUGAAUGCUUCGCAGAGUGGAUCUUCCCCUCCCCAAGACUGGAUAGAAGAGAAGCUGCAAGAGGUUUGUGAAGAUCUGGGGAUCACCCGUGAUGGCCACCUGAACCAAAAGAAGCUGGUCUCCAUCUGUGAGCAGUAUGGUUUACAGACUCUUGAUGGAGAGAUACUUGAGGAUGUCUUCCAUAAUCUUGAUCCUGAUGGUACAAUGAGUGUAGAAGAUUUUUUCUAUGGCUUGUUCAAAAAUGGAAAGUCCCUCACACCGUCAGCGUCUACUCCAUAUAGACAAUUGAAAAGGCACCUUUCCAUGCAGUCUUUCGAUGAAAGUGGACGACGUACCACAACCUUGUCAGUGAUGACAAGUACCAUUGGCUUUCGGGUCUUUUCCUGCUUGGAUGAUGGGAUGGGAUAUGCGUCUGUGGAGAGAAUCCUUGACACCUGGCAGGAAGAGGGCAUUGAAAACAGCCAGGAGAUCCUGAAGGCUUUGGAUUUCAGUCUUGAUGGAAAUGUUAACUUGACAGAAUUGACGCUGGCUUUUGAAAAUGAACUUUUGGUCACCAAGAACAGCAUUCACCACGCAGCUCUGGCCAGCUUUAAGGCUGAGAUCCGGCAUUUGCUAGAACGAGUUGAUCAAGUGGCUAGAGAAAAAGAGAAACUACGGUCGGAUCUGGACAAGGCUGAGAAACUCAAGUCUCUAAUGGCCUCAGAGGUGGACGAUCACCAUGCGGCCAUAGAGCGGCGAAAUGAAUACAACCUCAGGAAACUGGAUGAAGAGUAUAAGGAGCGCACAGCUGCCUUAAAAAAUGAACUCAUAAAGGAGAGAGAGCAGAUCCUGCAACAGGUGGGCAAGCAGCGUUUGGAACUUGAACAAGAAAUUGAAAAGGCAAAAACAGAAGAAAACUUCAUCCGGGAUCGCCUUGCCCUCUCUUUAAAGGAAAAUGGCCGUCUAGAAAAGGAGCUUCUGGAAAAUGCAGAGAAGUUGGCAGAGUAUGAAAAUCUCACAAACAAACUACAGCGAAAUUUGGACAGUGUGUUAGCAGAAAAGUUUGGUGACCUUGAUCCCAGCAGUGCUGAAUUUUUUCUGCAAGAAGAGAGACUGGCACAGAUGAGAAACGAAUAUGAGCUGCAGUGCAGGGUGUUACAAGACCAAGUGGAUGAACUCCAGUCGGAGCUAGAAGAAUAUCGUGCACAAGGCAAAGUGUUCAGACUUCCCUUGAAGAAGGCCCUGUCAGAAGAGCUUGAUAGUAGCAGUGGUGGCAUUGAACUCGACCAGGGGCUUGGUUCUGAAUUGUGUAAUCCACUGAAUAUGAGCAUUGAGGCGGAGCUGGUCAUGGAGCAGAUGAAAGAACAACAUCACAGGGAUUUGUGUUGCCUAAGACAAGAGCUUGAAGAUAAAGUGCGCCAUUAUGAAAAGCAGCUAGACGAAACCAAGGUCACCUGUGAUAAGGAGCAGGAGAACAUGAAGCAAAUGUAUGAAGAUGCAAUACACACUUUGGAAAAGCAAAUCAGUGGCCUUAGAAAUAAAAUUUCCCAACUUCAGGAGCAGGAAGGAGUGCUAAAGGAGACACAACACAAAACCACCUGCAGGCACCGGGAGGAGAAAAUCCAACUGCAGAAGAAGUUUGAUGAAGAACAGACUCAUUUGCAGGAAAAACUAAGGCUGGAACAUGAAGCAGAGCUCAAGGCUAGGCUGGAGCAGGUAGAGGAACGCUUUAAUCGAGAGAGGGAAGGACUCAUUCAUAAUGGUGUCUGUGCAGAAGAGAAGGUGAGGCACUUAACUCAGGAACUAGAGCAGUUUCACCAGGAGCAGCUGAAAAUCCUGGUGGAGAAGCACACUCUUGAAAAAGAAGAGAUGCAAAAAGAGCUCUUGGAAAAGCACCAAAGGGAACUUCAAGAGGGGAGGGAAAAAAUGGAAACUGAGUGUAAUAGAAGAACCUGUCAGAUAGAAGCCCAAUUUCAGGCUGAUUGCCAGAAAGUCAAUGAGCGAUAUGAAGACGCUCUACAACGUUUGGAGGAGCACUACCACCAAGAGCUGCAGGAUCUUCUAGAACAGCACUGUGAGGAGAAAUCCCAGUGGGAGUUCGAAAAGGACGAGCUCACCCAGGAGUGUGCAGAAGUCCAGGAGCAGCUUAAAGAGACUCUUCGAAGAGAGAAAGCAGCUUCUCUGGUUCUGACCCAGGAGAGAGAGAUGCUAGAGAAAACAUACAAAGAACAUUUGGACAGCAUGGUUGGUGAGAAAGAGCAGCUCCUCAAAGACCUGGCAGAUCUCAAAAGUGUUUCUGAAAGUAAGCAAAGCUUACUGUCCAACCAGCUGCAGAGCUGUCACGAAAGAGAGCUGAAGGACCAUGAGCUGGUUCUGUGCCAGGCAGGGGCCUCAGAGCAGCCAUCCAGCCGGCGGUUUGAAAAGCUAGAGAUGAAACAUGAGCAGGAGAGGCAGGAAAUGAUGUCCAAGUUACUGGCCAUGGAGAGCAUCCACAAAGCAACCUGUGAGAAAGCAGAUCGAGUGAGGGUUGAGAUGAGCACGGAAAUCUCCAGGCUUCAGAAUAAAUUAAAAGGCAUGCAGCAGGCAGCAUCUCCUCUAUCCAGGCUUGAGAGCGGCUGCCAGGCAGUGGGAGUGGAGGAGGCCGAAGGAAAUGGCACCAUGUCCUUGCUGCAGCAAGGGGAGCAGCUGUUAGAAGAAAAUGGAGAUGUCCUCUUAAGUCUGCAGAGAGCUCAUGAACAAGCAGUAAAGGAAAAUGUGAAAAUGGCUACUGAAAUUUCGAGGUUGCAGCAAAGGCUGCAAAAAUUAGAGCCAGGGACAGUAAUAUCUUCUUGUUUAGAUAUACCAAAUAUUGAAUUUUUUGGAAAUUCUCUGGAACAAACGGAGCCAUUUUUACUGAGAAACAGAAUGAAGCAAGUAGAAGAUGUAACCAAGAGACGACGUCUAAGUGACUUACAAGACGAUGAGACCCGGGAUCGGGAAAGUACAGACACAAGCUCUAUUCAGAGACAGGAGGCCAAAAUAGAGUCAGAAGCAUCAAUAGAGAGUUUUUCCGAGCUUGAAAAUAGUGAAGUGACCAGAACUGAGACCUGGGACCUAAAGAUUCAGGUUAGUCAACUUCAGAAACAACUAACAAUCUUACGUGCUGAAUGUGACCGAGCUUCUGAAAAGAAACAAGACCUUCUUUUUGAUGUUUCAGUGCUCAAAAAGAAACUGAAGAUGCUUGAGAGAAUCCCUGAGGCGUCUCCCAAGUAUAAGUUGUUAUAUGAAGAUGCUAGUAGAGAAAACAACUGUCUUCAGGAAGAGCUGAGGGUGAUGGAGACCCACUAUGAUGAAGCAUUAGAAAAUAACAAAGAACUGACUUCAGAAGUAUUCAGAUUGCAGGAAGAGCUUAAGAAAGUUGAGGAAGUGACUGAGACCUUCCUCAGCCUGGAAAAGAGUUACGAUGAAGUCAAAGGAGAAAAUGAGGAGCUGCAUGCUUUGGUUUUGAGACUUCAAGGAAAGAUUGAAAAGCUGCAGGGAAGAUCAGUGUUACAGUGUGACUGCUUCUCAUUAUGGGAAGCCCAUUUAGAUAACCUACAUGUUGAACCUGAUGAGAAGACACUAGAAGAGGCUGCGCCAAAUUAUGCAAACGUACAACAUAUUGAAGAACAUAAACAAGAACACCAAUACUUUGAUCAGGGCAAUAUACAACUCCUGGAAAAAGUAAAAUCGCAUGAAGUUGCUUGGUUACAAGGAACAAUUCAGACACAUCAAGAAAAGCCAAAAAUACAGAAUCAGGUUAUACUGGAAGAAAAUACAGGCCUUAUAGGCCUUCAAGACAAACACUUUCAGCGUCAAGCUACAAUAGCAGAGUUAGAGCUUGAGAAAAAAAAGCUACAGGAACUGACUCGAAAGUUGAGAGAGAGAGUCACUACCUUAGUUAAGCAAAAAGACACACCUUCUCAAGGAGAAAAGGAAGAAGAGCUGAAGUCAAUGAUGCAUGACUUACAAAGCACGUGCAGUGAAAUGCAGCGAAAAGUUGAACUUCUGAGAUACGAAUCUGAGAAACUUCAAGAGGAAAAUUCUAUUUUGAGAAAUGAAAUUACUAGCCUAAAUGAAGACGAUAGCAUUUCUAACCUGAAAUUAGAUAAAUUAAAUGGAUCUCAGGAGGAAAUGUGGAAAAAAAUAGAAACUGUAAAAAAGGAAAAAGAUGUAAUUCAGAACAUGGUUGAAAUUUUAAAGAAACAGAUUUCAGAAUUAAAAGUCAAAAACCAACAGUUGGAUUUGGAAAAUACAGAACUUAGCCAAAAGAACUCUCAAAAUCAGGAAGAGUUGCAAAAACUUAAUCAACGUCUGGCAGAAAUGCUGUGCCAGAAAGAAAAAGAGCCGGGACCUAGUACAUUUGUGGAAUGGGAACAAGAAAAGUCUAAUCUGAAAGAACAACUGGAACACUGUAAAAUGCAGUCUUCCACUUUAGUUUCUUCCCUAGAGGCAGAACUUUCUGAAGUUAAAAUCCAGACCCAUAUUGUGGAACAGGAAAACCUCCUUCUCAAGGAUGAACUAGAGAAAAUGAAACAACUGCACAGAUGUCCCGAUCUCUCUGACUUCCAGCAAAAAAUUUCUAGUGUUCUAAGCUACAAUGAAAAACUGCUGAAAGAAAAGGAAGCUCUAAGUGAAGAAUUAAGUAGCUGUAUUGAUAAGUUGGCAAAAUCAAGUCUUUUAGAGAACAGAAUUACUACUAUGAAGCAGGAGCAAAAAUCUUGGGAACACCAGAGUGAAAGCUUAAAAUCACAACUAGUGGCUUCACAGGGAAAGGUUCAAAGUUUAGAAGAUACCCUGCAGAAUGUGAAUCUGCAAAUGUCCCAGAUUAAAUCUGACCUACGAGUGUCUCAGCAGGAAAAGGAGACUUUAAAACAAGAAGUGAUGUCUUUACAUAAGCAACUUCAGAAUGCUGGUGACAAGAACAGAGCCCCAGAAAUAGCCACAUACCAAUCAGGGUUCCAUAACCAGCAAAAAAGGCUGUCUUGGGACAAGUUGGAUCAUCUGAUGAAUGAGGAGCAACAGCUGCUUUGGCAGGAGAAUGAGAGAUUCCAAACUGUGGUGCAGAACACCAAAGCAGAACUCAUACACUCCCGAGAGAAGGUUCGUCAACUGGAAUCCAACUUUCUUCCCCCUAAACACCAAAAACAUCUACACCCUUCAGGUACUGUGAAACCCACAGAACAAGAGAAGUUAAACUUAAAGAGAGAAUGUGAACAGUUUCAGAAAGAACGAUCCCCCAACAGGAAGGUCAGUCAAGUGAAUGCCAUUGAACGAGAAUUAGAAACAGUUCAUUUGGAAAAUGAAGGCCUCAAAAAGAAACAAGUAAAACUGGAUGAGCAGCUAAUGGAGAUGCAGCACCUGAGGUCCACUGUGAUGCUUAGCCCAUCCCCGCAUGCUUGGGAUCUGCAGCUGCUCCAGCAGCAAGCCUGUCCAAUGGUGCCCAGAGAGCAGUUUCUGCAGCUUCAACACCGGCUGCUGCAGGCGGAAAGGAUCAACCAGCACCUGCAGGAGGAACUUGAAAACAGGACCUCCGAAACUAACACACCACAGGCCUUGCUACCGGAGCAGCGAGCAGUGCAUGCAGAUUCCUACAGAAGGAUUGGGCACCUGUGAAAGCUGGGCUGCUAUUGAUGGCAUUUCUUACCCUGGCAGCUACUCAAAUGCACACACCCAUACAAGCACACACACCACACAAACACAGAGACAUAAGCUGAGCAAUGUUACGGAAUCAAGUGCUCUUUUAAAUUAUUUUAUUAUUAUUAUUAUUAUUGUUAAGCCUUUGCAGUAUUAUGUCUCAUUUAUUUAUAUAGACAUGACAAAUAUUGUGAAUCAAAUUCACAAAUUCUAGCUUGUUACAAAUCAUCUUAUUUAAACCAUUUAAAGAGUGUGGAUUUGAAAUUCUUGAAAAGGAUGUAUUUUAUAUAUUUUCUCAUUCCAUAUGUUGUAACUAUUUUUAACAAAGGUACUACUUUUAUAUAUGGAAUUUGAAGAAAAUUCAAACUAUUUAUACUGUUUUGUAUUAGCUGUAUAAUAAUUUUUGACAGGACAAAGGAAAAUUUUGAUGAAACAAACAAUAAAAUAAAUUUUAAAUAUA